GCCCAUAUUUUCAUCACGAUCUCUAUUUUGUUUACAAAUUUAUUUUGAAUAUUUUUUUCGUUUUAAAUAAACCCUAUGGAUCCAAAGUGUGUUGUAAUUUUCAGUGGAAAAAGGAAAAGUGGCAAGGAUUUUAUUACCGAGAAAUUAAUUGAAAAUCUAGGAAACGAUGCUGCCACAAUUGUAAGAAUAUCUGCGCCGAUCAAGAAGCACUGGGCCGAACUGCACAAUUUAGAUUUAGACCAACUGCUCGAUGCGACAGCCUACAAAGAGCAGCACCGACUGGCCAUGAUUGAAUGGAGCGAGAAGGAGCGGGCCAGAGACUAUGGCAUUUUUUGCAGAAGCGCCGCUGAAAAUGCCAAAGGAUUAAACAAACCUGUGUGGAUUGUAAGUGACGCUCGUCGGAAAUCUGACUUAAAAUGGUUUGGAGAAAACUAUGGUGAUAUUGUGAGAACUGUUCGUGUUUUUGCUGAUGAUCAGAUCCGUAUGAAACGAGGUUGGAAGUUCACUGCAGGUGUUGACGAUGUGGCUUCUGAGUGCGAUUUGGACGACGUUACCGACUGGAGCUGGCAAGUCUACAACAAUGGCAGUUCUGAAGACAUCACAAACUUUUUGGCAGAUCUGGAAGCCUGGAUAAAACGGAGCUUGUGACACAAACAGCCUUUUGCAGAAUGACUGACUAGAAAGCUAUUGGUAUUUUUCAAAUUCGUAUUUUGCACAAAAAUUUAAUAUAUACUUCCAUCACACUUAUUGUAACUUAAAUGAUAUUGUCUGCAUUUAUACAUUGUAAUCUUGUUUUUAUUGUCAAAAUAUAUAUUCUAUACACACGUUA